CGUCUCUUCUCCACCAAGUGAAUCUCUUUCUCUCUCUCUUUUUCUCCGCGGAAUCUCUCUUCUCUUCUGCUUUCGCUUGAGUUCGUACGAACAAAAGAAAAAAGAGAGAGAUGGCGGAAGAGAAGAAAGCUCCAAUUGGUGUGUGGACUACUGUCAAGCCUUUCGUUAAUGGUGGUGCCUCUGGUAUGCUCGCUACUUGCGUUAUCCAGCCGAUCGACAUGAUCAAGGUGAGGAUUCAACUAGGUCAGGGAUCUGCUGCCAGUGUGACCACGACUAUGUUGAAGAAUGAAGGUUUUGGUGCCUUUUACAAGGGAUUAUCUGCUGGUUUGCUGAGGCAAGCAACUUACACCACUGCCCGUCUUGGAUCAUUCAAGAUGCUGACUGCAAAGGCAAGUGAGGCUAAUGAUGGAAAGCCACUACCACUGUAUCAGAAGGCUCUUUGUGGUCUGACAGCUGGUGCUAUUGGUGCUUGUGUUGGUAGUCCAGCCGAUCUAGCGCUUAUCAGAAUGCAAGCCGAUAAUACUUUGCCGCUAGCUCAGCGCAGGAACUAUACCAAUGCCUUCCAUGCGCUGUACCGUAUUAGCGCUGAUGAAGGAGUUUUAGCACUUUGGAAAGGUUGUGGGCCUACUGUUGUCAGAGCGAUGGCUUUGAACAUGGGAAUGCUUGCAUCUUAUGAUCAAAGUGCUGAAUACAUGAGAGAUAAUCUUGGUCUUGGGGAGACAUCUACAGUCGUAGGAGCAAGUGCGGUUUCGGGAUUCUGUGCUGCGGCCUGCAGUCUGCCAUUUGACUUUGUCAAAACUCAGAUCCAGAAAAUGCAACCGGAUGCUCAGGGAAAAUAUCCAUACACAGGUUCGCUUGACUGUGCGAUGAAAACCUUAAAAGCAGGAGGACCUUUGAAAUUCUACACAGGUUUCCCUGUAUACUGCGUCAGGAUCGCCCCUCACGUCAUGAUGACAUGGAUCUUCCUGAACCAGAUUACGAAAUUUCAAAAGACCAUUGGGCUGUAAUCUGAGAGGAACGAAGACAGCAGCAAAAAAUAAGAUGAGCAGAGCGAAAACACAAUUGGAAUUGUGUUCAUUUACUUUUUAAUCAUAUACAUCAUCUGCCUUAAAAAGCAUAUUAUUGUAGCUCUUUUGACACUUUAAUCUUUUUCUGUUGAGGCUCGGUGAUUGGUCCGGUGAAUUUUUAGAUUUUCAUCUUGGGUGGAAGUUUAAAACGCAAACCAAAGAUUUUUAAAAUUGUACUAUGAAGUAACUAAAAAUUUCUCUGAA